AAUGCGUAAAACGCGAAAAAAAUUUUGGCUGAUUGGAGCCAAAGAGUUAUUGUAUUUAAUGCUAUGUUGCAUUUAAUUUAUUUAAAAAAUUCAAUGAUAAAUCGAUUGGUCGAACGAUCGCAAAUGACUUUGUAUUGUUAAACAAAGAAAAAAAGGGAAAGACAAGAGAAGAGGAAACCGCCGACGGAAAACGCCGUUGGUUGAUAUUUCCUUUCAAAUCUUCAAUGUCUCGGAAAUUUGCAGACGAAAUUCCACGCCAUGACCGUCUAAUUAUCCAGAAAAUUCGAAAAAUUGAGGUAGAUGUGCUCAACAAUCGGGAAGCAAAUUUUUCACGCCAUCUAAAGAGCAGGAAAAUAUCGAAACCAACAGUAAGCACAAAAUGGUUCGCAUAAAAAGACAUCGAAAUAUUCAAAGCCAUCAAAGAACGAAACCUCGUCGCCGCAAGCCGAACAUUCCCGAGUUAAUCUACAAGUUCCUCGGCGCGGAACGUGCUCUCUCGACCGAGUGUCGCUGCUACAACCAAGAGAACGUGUACCACGACGAAGUCGUAGAUUCCGCGGAUACUUCGCGAAUCGCCAGCAGGAGCAUGGGCUAUGGAGUGCGCAAGGAUAACGGUAGGGUCUCGAAAGCGCGCCGCAUUAAGCGACCUACUUCCAGAGAUCGGCCGAUCUCGUACUUGCAGAAAUUCGUGGGUGGCAAAGACACGAGAAAGGUGAGAAAGUACAUUAAAAAGGCAUUAGACUUUGCUGUCGAGUCCGGCUAUCUCAUUCCUUCUGACUCUACGUAUAAAGUUCUACGCGUAUCCUCGGAUUUGAUGAAAAGUGAUCCGCGGACAAACAGAAUUAAUACAUGCGAUAAAGCUUUAUCUAAGGAACGCGAAAGCCCAACCAAGCAAGAUGAUCUCCAAGUGCAAGAGCAAAGGAGAAGAAGGGGAAGAAGGCCAAGAAGACGGAGUAGAAUACGGGGUCGAAGAUUGAGAAGCCGCUCGAGAAGACGUCGAAGUAGGAGGGGCAGGAGGAGAAGGAGUAGGAGCAGGUCGCGUAGUAGAUACAGCAGCCCGCAGAGUUCCGAAGAGGUUGCCGAGAAUGAGGCGGACGAUUACGAGAUGGAUGAGAACGAUCGAAAGAGCAAUAUUCACGCGGACGAUAUAGAAAGGGAGCCAAAGACCACGCGAUCGAACCAGUCCGACGAGGGGCAAUCCAUGAAGAAAACUGAAGAAAAUGGCUCGGAUUUAUCCGUCGACGAGGACGAAACCGACGACGACGAAGAGAAAAAGAGAACUGACAUUACGAAAUCUUAAGCAUCGAGUUUGAUUGCAACUUUUUUUUCUAAAAAUAGCUUUCGUUUAAUAUUAAAACUUUAAUAAAUGAUAGAAAAAUUAAUUUUGUAUAGAAUCACUCGAUUUCGUUACACUUUGAUAUUCGUUUACAAUUUCAAACA